ACAGGAUUUUAUCAGAUAUGAGAAAUGCAUUCUUGUCAUUUUGCAGCUCUCCAUCCCUCCCACGCUCAACUGGACAGACAGACUCACAUUGCGUGGCAGCGGCCAGCCGAGAAGCGAGUCUGCUGGCUGCUACAGGUGGGAGGGAAGCAGUGAACAGCUGUCAAGUCACCUGCUGUUACCACAUACUCGCGUGAAGCUUCAUGGCCACCUGUGUAUUCUUUACGUUUUAAUAGGUGCUAAUUAUUACUGUGAACCAUACAAUGUGCUGGAAUUGAUUGUGAGAUGUGUAGGUACAGUGCAAGAGAUUCUGGUUGUCCAUGGAAGUAUUUAUCUACUCUUAUUUCUCAGAUGUUGAAUUCUCUCCUAUCAGUUACUGACUGACUUAAAUGAACAUUGUACUGUAAGACGAGGAAAAUCUCCAUGAACACAAUUGUUUGGUGGUGUGCUGUCUGCAACAAUGAAGCCCCUUACAUUGGAUGAUGUGAUCAGUGUCACUGGACAGUUCGGGCGCAGCCAGAAAAUAUACUAUUUUGGUCUUUCCCUACUGCAGAUCUUCAUAGCUCCUCAUAUGCUGCUUAAUGUUUUCACUGGUGUGGAGCCAACAUUCCAGUGCUUCCCCAGAGAUGAAGGUGCAAAGUCUUACCAGUUUCAAAAAUCUCUCUCUCUCAAUGAGUGCAUUGACAAUGAUGUACAUAACUGUAGAAUUGUUUAUACAUCAGAGUACAAAUCUUUUGCUACUGAGUGGAACCUGAUAUGCAAUGAAAAGUACAAAGUGGCUCUGGUGCAGUCAGUAUGGAUGUUUGGAGUAAUGAGUGGAGCGCUAGUGCUAGGUGGACUAGCAGACAUUAUAGGCCGCCUGAAGACAUUAAUGUUGGCACUCCUUGGCACGAUAGCUUUUGAGGGAUUCAGUGCCUUUGCUCCUACAUACUUAAUUAUGGUAGUUUUUAGGUUCCUUGGAGGUGUUUGCUGUUCACUGAUCAUUGUGGCAGGUUUUGUCCUCUCUCAGGAGCUUGUUGGAAUGGACUGGAGAAGUUUCUGUGGCAUUGUCUUAGGCAUGUCCUUUGCUGUAGGCAUUGCUGUUUUUUCUCUUCUGGCAUCUGCAGUUUCUGACUGGAGAACUCUCACUCUCAUUUGCUCAGUUUGUGGCAUUGCAUUCCUCAGUUUACCAUGUUGCAUCCCUGAAAGUCCACGAUGGCUGGCCUCUGAAGGAAGGAGUGAUGAAGCUAAGGCAGUGCUUGAGGCCAUUGCAAAGCAGAAUCUCACAUCAAGUAAAUUACCGAAGCAGUGGCAUCUUUCAUCCAUAAACAAAGGCAAGGACAAAAAGCAGCGCAAAGGAUUGGGUCUUCUGGUCAGCCACCCAUACAUUGCCAUCAUCACACUAAUUUUGUUAUAUACAUGGUUUGUCAACGGUGCAAGUUAUUAUGCCCUCACCAUGGCAGCAAGUGACUUGGGGGGAAAUAUUUAUGUCUCAACAGCUCUAAAUGGUUUAGUAGAAAUCCCUGCUGGAUUUGUCACCAUGUGUGUCAUUGACAGACUUGGCCGACGUGUGACAUUGUGUGGCUUUAUGUUUAUUGGAGGUGUGGCUUGCCUCAGUAUCCAGCUGUUGCCCUCAAGCCUGCUGUAUCUCACCACCUCCCUUGCUCUUUGUGGCAAACUGAGCAUAUCUGCCAGCUUUACCGCCAUCUACAUUCACAGUGGUGAAAUAUUCCCAACGGUGAUUCGGAAUUCUGGAAUGGGAAUUGUGUCUGUGUCAUCCAGGAUUGGAGGAAUGUUGUCACCAUUCAUUCUGAUGCUGGGAGACGUCAUGCCUAAUCUCCAGUUUACUGUACUUGGUCUCUUGACAUUGCUGUCAGGACUAUUAAACCUUAAGCUUCCUGAAACCUUGGGUCUAGCAAUGCCAGAGACAAUCUCAGAUGUGCUGGCUUUCAGAAACUCAAGUAAAACAGUGAGUCACUCCAAAUAUAAAAAGUUGGAAAUGGAAGAAACAGAAACAGAUCAAGGAGUCCAGUCCAGCACCCCCAGCCCAAGAGGCAGAAAUAAGCCUGUCCAUGAUGAUGAGCUUCCUCUUAUGGAAGGUGGUGACUAAUGACCAAAAUCAAGUAUCUAGUUGUGUUUUGUAUAUUAAUUCAUUUUCUUUUCAUGCCAAUUUGUUUGUUUUCUUUUAUAAAUGUUUAUGAUUUUGAUGUAGUUGUUGAUUCUCAAACAUUGCAUAAUAAUUAUUAUUUUUUUUUUUUAUAGAAUUUUGUAUUUUUUCAAUUACGUACACAUUGUUCCAUUGUUUUAAGAAGUUUCAUUUAUAACUUUUUGUGAAGCUGUUUUUACAGAUUGUUGGUGGUAGAAAGAAAAUUACUUAUUAAUUAGUUUAGGAAAAUACUCAAUUUUAACUACAUACACAUAAACCUGAAAUAAUAUAUAUAUAUAUAUAUAUAUAUAUAUAUAUAUAUAUAUAUAUAUAUAUAUAUAUAUAUAUAUAUAUAUAUAUAUAUAUAUAUAUAUAUAUAUAUAUUAGUGGUCUCAAAAGCCUUAACAGGAGAUUUUUUCAUAUCUGAUUAAGUCAAAUGUGGUGCAGCAGGGGUAAACCACCACAGCUGUCAGGCUAUGAUGGGCAGACGAGCAAGUAUGCAGUGCAAUUUACCCUUGUUCUGUGUGAUAGAUGAGGACUAAUUCUCUAGCACCUAGAGCCCAAAAUGUGAGGGAUUACUUGUGAAUAUGAUUUUCACUGCAUGUGUACGUAGGUGGAAUAUCUUGGCUAUUUUCCUUUGUGGACACCAGCCAAGGAUAUAAAAGACAAAAAAAAUAUAUUACAACAGUGAAGGUUUUUGUUCUUCAGUAGUCAUAAAGGAUAAUGACAGUGACCACAACUGCUGUAACAUCAAAAGUGGAUUUCAGUCAGUCAUUGUCAUCUAUGAGGAACUGAUAUAGUGAAUUGCGUUAUCACAAUUUCCAAAGUGAAUUUAGAAUGAGACUCCAAAGCUUGAAGUAUCACCUAUAUGAAAUAGAACACCAUUCAAAUGCUGGUCACUCCAUAAUUUUUUACAAAGAAAUUCAGGAUGUAUUAGAAGGCUUGGAGCUCAUCCACUGGCUUUAAAAAUGCAUCUAUGUAUUAAUCAUAAUCAUUGCCAUGGCUUCCCAAUGUCUUCCACUUCACUCAUAUGUUACCAAAGAUCUUUUUCUCUCGUUUGUUGUAAGGAUUUUUUUUAUUUUUUUUUUAUUUUUUUCCCUCAAAAAUCUAUCUGCUUGGAAAAAGUUAACUAUAAGCCCUCCCACUGAACACAUUUUUGAGUAAAAACAGAUUUAUGUAAAUCUGGUGAUGUCAAUCAUGGCAUUUCUGACAUAUUAGAUUUCUGGAUUUUUUUUUCUUUAAUGUAGAGGCAUUUUAUGAUGUAAUAUGCACAUAAGAAGCAUCUGCACGAAAAACUUGAGAUUUAUAUGACUCUGUAUCUCACAUAUUUUUGGUUGCACUUAAUGAUUAUAACAUUAAAACAAUGAAUAUGAAUGAAUGCAGUUGUAAUCAUGCACAUAAUAUGGCAAUAAUCAAAUGCAGUAAGUAUAAUAGCACAUAUUUAGCCAUCCCUGCACUGUCUGUUAUCUUUGAGAUCAGUAAUAAAGGAGCGGGUUGCACUGUUGUGAGCAGGAAUGCACAGAGAGCUCCACUCAUGCAGUUUUCCAUAUUGUUUUGGGGUUUGAAUGGUCAAGGAAAGAUGGUGACUAAGUGGUGUAUGGUUGUUCUUCAUGAGUAAUAUGGCUGGAUUGUUCUUAUUUGUAUGAUUCUGGUUUUGAGCUGGAAAAACUUUUCAACAUUUUUGUAAAGAAAUGUGAAUACUAAAAGAUACAAGUUCCAUGUCACACAGGAAUUGUUAUGUGAUUGGGGGUGAAGAAAUGAGUAAUUUUGCAGUGAAGCUUAGAUUUGUUUGUUUUAUUAUUUUUACAUUCUACCUAAAUUCAUGACAAAGUACUUCUUUGAGACAUAAUAUGUGGAAAAAUAAACAUAUUCUAUAAAUACCAACCUUUAAGAGUUAUCCUAUAUUCAUAUGUGGAAACUUUUAAAUCUACAAACUCAUUGCAUUCAGUGGAAAGUCUGCUUUCAUUUGUUCAUACUGAGUCAAGCUGUUCCUGAUGUGUCGCUGCAGCUCUAGUGUAAUAUAGAAAGAACAAGUUUCAGCUCCAAGCAGAGACUAAGGUAAUGGAACAUUAUAGUUAGAAAUCAAUGCAUGCAAUGCCAAAUAAGCUCAGAUUAUGAUAUUAACCCUAAAACGAGUUGCAUUACCUUAGAUAAUCUUUGUGAUACUGAUGUUUUGCAUUAGAUGAAUUUGUUAUCGAUAAAGGAAAUAAAUGAGUGUAGUGGUUGAGCAUGUGAGACCCCCUCUUACACACUGCUGAUUGGACUAUAUAUAGCUAGUAGAAUCUUCUUUGGUGCUUAAUGGAAAGGUUUAUCUGUACUUGUUAGGAUAUUUCACUUCUUAGUCAAUAAAUCAUUGGUUUAUCAGCCUAAGCUAUU